AUGGGAAGCAAACUAUCAAGGCAUCAGCGUCAUCAUCUUCAUGAUUCGUAUGGUUAUAGGGCUUCAUCUAAUCCAAGCUCUUCUCCAUAUCCAGCAAGGUAUGCUGAUUAUGAUGAUGGAAGAAGCAAUCUGCAGUCAAGGUAUUCGAGGAUUGGUGAUGAUUACCAUUCUCUUGAACAGGUGACGGAAGCUCUUGCACAAGCUGGUCUGGAAUCUUCCAACCUUAUUGUAGGUAUUGAUUUUACAAAAAGCAACGAGUGGACCGGUGCUCGGUCUUUCCAUCGGAAGAGCCUGCAUCACCUUGGGGAUUCCCUGAAUCCAUAUGAACAGGCAAUUUCAAUAAUUGGAAGAACGUUGUCACAUUUUGAUGAGGAUAACCUCAUCCCUUGUUUUGGCUUUGGUGAUGCCACUACUCAUGAUGAAAAGGUUUUUAGCUUCCAUCCAGAUGAUCAAGUAUGCAAUGGCUUUGAGGAAGUCCUGAGUCGUUACAGAGAAAUAGUCCCCCAUGUUAACUUAGCUGGACCAACAUCUUUUGCUCCAAUCAUUGAAACUGCCAUUGAAAUUGUGGACAAUAGUGGUGGGCAGUAUCAUGUUCUUCUGAUCAUUGCUGAUGGACAGGUUACAAGAAGUGUAGACACUGCUAAUGGGCAGUUGAGUCCUCAGGAGAAGAACACUAUUAAUGCCAUUGUAAAAGCAAGUGAUUAUCCGUUGUCAAUUGUGCUGGUUGGAGUUGGUGAUGGACCUUGGGACAUGAUGCAUAAAUUCGACAACAACAUUCCUUUUCGAGCUUUCGAUAAUUUUCAGUUUGUGAAUUUCACCAAAAUUAUGUCGAAACACAUUCUCAUGUCUAAGAAGGAGACAGAGUUUGCUCUGGAUGCGUUAAUGGAAAUACCAUCCCAAUAUAAAGCUACAAUAGACCUCCAACUCUUAGGCUGCCAAAGAGGUGCUCCUGGAAGGAAUGUUCUUCCUCCUCCGCUUGGGAACGGAUCGGUUACUUCCUACCCCGGAUAUAGCAGGUCAAGCAACAAUGAUGCUCGUGUCCCUUCUACAGUUGAUUCUUCAGACAGCAGGAACUGUCUCUUGUGUCUGUGGAAUAAGAAAGAUCUUGCAUUCGGAUGUGGACAUCAGACAUGCUAUGAUUGUGGGAAAGACUUGACCCAAUGCCCCAUUUGUCGAAACUACAUAAUCACAAAGAUAAAGCUAAUCUCUGUCAGUGACACCACCAAAAACUCAGCGUCUGACUUUUUGGUGAUGAAAUUGUCGAAUAUGCAUUUGGACAGUAAAGAUGCAGAAAUGGAAAUUUUUCAUGUAGAAGUGGGUAGAAGUGUCGAUGAUUCGUGUCUUCUAUGCAAGCAAUUUCCUGAGGAUAGGGACCAUCUGUUCUUUACUUUUAAUAUGCAGAAAAGUGGCAUUAGUAAGCAAGUUGGGAACUGGAAAUCUGAACUAUCUUGGCCUAUUUCUUGUCUGCAGAAGUGCUUUAUCUCAACCUUGCUUAGGCUGGCUUGGUGCUGCUACAUUUAUGUGAUUUGGAAGGAAAGGAUCAGGAAGAUUCAUGGGGAAUAUGGAGCUCAUGCCAAUGCGUUAGUGGAUUGA